ACCCGAAAUCUUGGCAGCAGGAUCGGCUUGGGCUGACGGCAAACAUUUCUCUGGCUGCUGUUUACCUCUAAUGUUCUAGUGGAGGCGCAGCAGCCUCGCACCUCGCGGGGGCCCCUGAGAGUCCAGUGACCGUGUUACUUUCCAGCAGCCACUACAGAGGGACACAGAUUCGCCAUGACGCUGGUCGGGUGCUGUCCUGUAGUCGCUGCUCUGCUCCUGAUUCUAUGUAACGCAGGACGUGGCCAUGGCGCUGCGGCGGAGCCAUCACUUCUCAUCCACAAUAUGGACGUUGACUGCAAAGUAACGUCGCGUUUUGCUCGCACCUCGAUAGUUGUGGAGAUAGAGAACCAGUUGAACUCGUCUCAUGAAGCCGUGUUUGAUGUGGAGCUUCCCAAAACGGCCUUUAUAACCAACUUCAGCAUGACCAUUGAUGGCGUCACAACUGUCGGCGCGGUGAAGGAGAAGGCCGAAGCGGACGAGCAGUACGGAAGAGCAGUGUCCAGGGGUCAAAACGCCGGACUGGUCCAAUCGAUUGGACGGAAAAUGGAGAAUUUUAAAAUCUCGGUUAAUGUUGGCGCUCGUGUUAUGGCAAUAUUUAAACUGACGUAUGAGGAAUUGCUGAAGAGGUGCCAAGGGGUGUACCAGCUGCAGAUGAGGGUGAAGCCCAAGCAGCUGGUGGAGAACUUCCAGAUAACAGUGGACAUUGUAGAACCACAAGGAAUCCGCUUUGUGAAUGCGUUUGGCGGUUUCUUGACGAAUGAGCUGAUGGACUCGGUGCAGGUUGAUCACCGCGGGAAUAAGGCUCACGUGGUGUUUAAACCGACACUAGAGCAGCAGCGUAAAUGUCCGGCGUGCAGCGAGACGAUCCUGGACGGCGACUUUGUCAUCAAGUACGAUGUCAACAGAGAGACGUCUGCCGGGAACAUACAGAUCGUCAAUGGCUAUUUUGUGCACUACUUUGCUCCCAGCGUCCUCAAAAGGGUCCCCAAGAACGUGGUGUUUGUUAUUGACUGCAGUCUGUCCAUGAGAGGCCGCAAGAUGAAGCAGACGUACGAGGCCUUCAUUAAGAUUCUCUCGGAUUUACCGGAGGGCGAUCACUUUGGGAUCAUGAAGUUCAGCGACCGCGUCGUGAAAUGGAACCAGGCUCUGGUGAAGGCCACGCCCGACAACAUCCAAAGCGCGAAGGAAUUUAUGGGCAAGAUCAAGGCCCAAGGAGGAACCGAUAUAAAUUCAGCUUUAUUAUCUGCCACCAAGAUGCUGAAGGACGGGCGAGAGGGCGAUAUAUUACCGGAAAUCAGCGCCUCAUCUGUGAUAUUCCUCUCUGAUGGGGACCCAACGCUUGGUGAAACAAACAUUAAUACGAUCGUGAAGAACGUGAAGGAAGCGGCAGAGGGCGUCACCACCUUGUACAGUUUGGGAUUUGGCGCAGAUGUAGAUUACAGUUUCUUAGAGAAAAUGUCUUUAGAAAAUGGCGGUCUGGCGAGAAGAAUUUAUUUGGAGUCUGACUCCGCUUUACAGUUACAGGAUUUCUACAAAGAAGUGGCGAACCCCGUCCUGCUGGACGUCACCCUGCGGUACCCCAAUUUACCGGUCAGUGGCCUAACCCAGAACAGCUUCCGCUAUUAUUACCAGGACACGGAAAUAGUGGUGGCCGGACACAUAGACAGUAACAGCAUCGACGUGCUGGUCGCUGAAGUAGCGGCACAGGGUGUGACUGAUCCUUUCUCCGUGAGGGUGGAGGCCGAUAUAAAAGAGGAUGCGGAGGCGAGGACGGAGCAGAAGUACAUAUUCGGCGACUUCACCGAGAGGCUGUGGGCGUAUCUGACCAUAGAGCAGCUGCUGACCACGCGAAUUUUGGCCGAUGGUGAAUUAAAGGAGAACUCCACAGAGAAAGCGCUCUACCUGAGCCUGAAGUAUAACUUUGUGACCCCUCUGACCUCAAUGGUCAUUACCACCUCGGAGGAAGGUGACCCCAAAACGGUCGUGGCAAAGAAGCCGAAGGAGGAGAACAUGCAGGACGUUACUUCGCCUUCACUUUACGCAUUGUCGCCGUUUGCCCGCACUGUGGCCAGGAGGAGACAGUGGAGAAAACCUUCCCAUGUAGAUUGCUCCUCGUCUCACCUGCUUAUUAGCGUCGCCACAAUCCCAGAGAAGAUUUGUCUUGGAAUUUCUGAGCCUGAGGAUGCGAUUAUUAAUUUAUUUCACAAUGCAGACAGAGGCAUCACACUUAAUGGGAAACUUGCCAGAGAUAAAAGUGGUUUUGAUAAAGUUGGGCUUGUGCACAAGAAGAAGAUGGCGUCCAUGGAGGUAACGGCCGAAAACAUCACAGUGACCAGAGGGCAAGAUACACAGGUUUACUCAUGGACAAUUGCAGCACAAGGACUACGGGUUGCAAAGAAGGAAGGAGAUAAAGUCGUCGUGUCCUUGGAGUCCGGCUUGAAGGUUUUUAUUUCUUUGGCAAAACCUCCGGAUCAUCUGAAGCUUCUUGUCGAGAGCAAAAGGAGAGAUUCCAACUACACCGUCGGCCUCGUCAGUCAGGUGACAAGUGACAAUGACAUCACUAUAACAUUCAGUGACAUCAGCUUCCAUGGGAGAACCCUUCCAUCUUUCCGCUCCUGCUCUUGUGACUUGACCUCUUUUGGAGUGAAAAAUCAAGGAUGUUGUGUGUCCGUCACAGUGGAGUCCGACGAUCUGACCGCAGGAGCCGGGAACAUUGUAGAGGAUUUAUUUGAUGUUCCUCCAGCUUAAUAUGGACAAAUCAGAGCAUAGAAAGAGAUAGCGUAAAAUCAUAAUCAGCCCGAGAGACGGAAUAAAGAGUGAAGACUGCAGAACUGU